AGGGAGAGAACCAGAGUUCUCUGACCCGAAAGAGAGAGAGAGAGAGACGACCCGGAAGGGAAACCCGACCAGAGGGACGCCGUCCGGCCCCCCACUUCGGCGCACGGCCACCAGUAGCUUCGUCUCGUCGUCGCCGUCACGCCUGUGGCCUUUGAUCGCCCAUGCACCGUACGAGGAGGGAGACUCGACGGUGAGAAGCAGCGACUGCUCCGGCGAGUUUCUGCGAUUCCGGCCACCAUCUGGCCUGUAAUUGGUAUUAAACCUCAUCUCCUCUUCAUGGUAUACAUGCCUGUGUAAUUAGUUUUCAAAUUUGAUCACGUUUUGACGAUUUCGUUUCUGGGUUCAUCUCGGUUCUGCCGUGUUCUUCGUUACCGGCGACUUUUCCGGCUCUCCUUGGCUUGGUCUCGGCCUCAACUGCAACUGUAGACAAGGAAUUGGGCAGUUGGCUGGGUAGAUCACAUUGACAUCCUCAGUUCAUCAUCAGCCUAGUUUCCGCAAGGAGUUGUGUAGUUUGGUGGUUUGAGGAUUUCUUUGCAGAUUGUAGUACUUGAGGACUCCAGUUACCCGAGGAACGGAAGGUUCGCGACUCUCGGAGUACGUGAGAGAAAGCGUCGGAAUCCAGGUAGGGAUUCAGGACUCUCCUCGGUUGGUGAUUUUCUUAUAUAUUUUCUUAUCUACGUGAUGCAUGAUGAAAGUAUAUUGUUAGUUCAAAUUUAAUAUGUUUUUAAGUUAACGUGCGUAUAAGAUUUUGAUGGCGGUGUGUGAGAGCGGAAAGGUGGUCAAUGACUUCCUUGGGGAUUAGCCACCCCUAAACCUCCGGAGGGUUAGCUACACCGGUCGGAUGGUGCGUAAUCGCAAGGAUGACACGGUUCCGUGUGUGUAGCUAGUGUGUUAAGUUUGGCGCUCUGUGACUGGUAAGGUCAGAUGUUGGUUCUACGGAACCUGGCCAUCAGUUUGGAUGCAGGUAUUGUGCACUGGUGACGGGAUAAUAGCGGACGGAGCUGGGUGUGCAGAACAAAUUUGGUAAAUUACCUUUCUAUUCCUUGAACUUCGUACUCCGAGACUUGUGAACAGUCAACUGUGUGCCAAAUCUAGUCAUACUCUUGUUCUUUGAAGUUCGUACCAUCUGUGUGAACAUUAAAUCCAAGCUUUAGACGAAUGAAACGAAUUUUCACCUCAAAGGUAUUUGCAGCUUCCGCUGUGUUUUUACGAAAAGUUUUCAAACAAAAUGCCUAGCGGUUCUCUAGAAUGUAAAUUGAGCGUUCGGUUUAUGUUUUAGAGGCUCGCGGCACUGUGACGUGCUUAAGCUGGUGAGGUGCAGCUUGGGGCGUUACAGUAACAUAAAACAUAAAAGGUAGGAUUAAUUUAUUUCUUCAUCAAUUAACUUUAAUCUUCAUCUUCUGUAUUUUAUCUACGAAUUCUUUUGCAUGAUUUUUUCCUUUGAGAGAGCAAAUUCUUCUUCUUCUAAAAAAAAAAAAAAAAUCGAUUUUUCCUUGAUGAAGAUGGGAAAUAGUUUAGACACUAUUAAUGCCUUAUACGUGGAGCAUUCUAAUUUGCUGAGCCAAAGGGACAGGUGUCAAGGAUUUGGAAGCUUCAAAAUAAUUCGCUGAUCUAAAUUGAUGCUAAAAAUCAAAAUUAUACCGUGUCCAUUUUCUCAAUAUGGCGGAAUGAGAAUUUUGUUAUAUAAUUCUUAUAUAAAUCAAAUAGAGACAGAAAAAAAAUGGGGGGCAAAAACAUUAGAUUUUAAAGAGAAUUAGAGUAUGUUUUACUAAAAAAAAAAAAAAAAACGGAUAGCCGUCCUCACUUGUCUCUGUCCGCCCGCCAGUGUGCUUCAAUUAUACAUAUAUAAAGCGUCGAUGCACUGUUACACUGUUCUAAGUACAGUGGACAGUCGGUUUUACCCUCCGGUGUCUAGGGAAAUACGAAACUGCCAUUCAGGUCCUUUUUGACCCUGGAUGGAUAAGGAUUGAGAACUUCAGAGAGAGCUCAAUUAUUGGGUCUCAUAGAGAGCGAUAGAGAGAUCGGGUGGGUGUCAUAGAUUCAGAGGAAAUCGAUCGAGAGAUCGGGUGGGUGUCAUAGAGAGCGAUAGACACAGACAAAAAGAGACAGAGAGAGAGGUUAUUUGCUCUGCAACGCAAGCCCGAAGGAAUCAUACAUAAACCGGUAAGACAAACAGAUCGAAAUUCAUGAAGGUCAAAUUAACAACAAGAAAACCCAUCGCUUCAGCUUUUGGGUUUUGGUUUAUUUUCUGGACACAGAGAAAGAUAGAGCGAAGUAAACAGGGGAAGAAGGGGGAGAAGAAGAGGCCCUCCCUUCAAAAUGUCCAUCAGUAGUGUGGAGUUUGCCAUCGGAGGCUUAAUCGUGGAUACCAAGGUGUUCUAUGGCCAAGAAAGGUCUUUUGCUAUGGAUUUCUGUGUGCUUAGCUUUGCUAAUUGAAGAAGAUGAAUGGGAAAAUGAGCUCUUCUUCAGCUUCAGAAGGACGAUACUGGAUCAGUACGUCUGUGCUUAAAGGAAGGAGCUUUUUUUGGUGUUUGAGGGAAGUAGGAUUUGGCAAGUCUGAUAUAAAGAGAAUAAAGGUGAGGCUAGGGACGAUUAAGAAGAAGAGGAACGCUGUGCUGAAGUAUCUGAAGAAUAAUGUUGCUCAUCUUCUCAAGAUUGGCCUUGAUAUUAAUGUAUAUGGAGGGGUGGAGCUGGGAGCAGCACAGCAGUUCAAAAAGUCAUGCCUGCUGCUCUAGCAGAUAUGACAUAAAGGUUUUAUCAAGGUUUGAAGGAAUCACUACAAAGAAGUUAAGAACUAUGAGGACAACAGCAGCACUCCACUCAUAAUUAAAUGCAAUGAUCACAGAACUACACAUUUGGAAAAUAGAGGCUCCUCUUUUGUCUGCUCAUUAAGAAGACUGAGCGUUAUUUCACCAAGAUCAGAAGGAAAAAUAGGUAAACCGGAGCAAACAAAAGAUGAAGAAAUUAAGAAAUUUCAGUCAAAAGACCCACCGACUUCAAUAUCCUCAUCCGGGUAAGAGAAGUUGCAUGGAGCUGGCGCUAAAGAGUAGUUCAACCUUAUGUUGUUGCAGGAAAUAAGAGAAGUACAGACCAGUGGAGAGGCGUAGGCUACUGGAACCCAAAAUUAUAAGAAGCAAUUCGAAGGAUGCGCUAAAAUCUCAAAAAUGCUCUGGAGGACAUUUCAGUAUGCGUUUAAGUUUGAGAGGAGAGCGAAGAGUUGAGAGGAAUAAUAGAGACCCCAGUGCUCACCACGAUAUCAACUAUUGAAGCUUCAACGUGCUAGAACUAGAAGGAAUGAGGAUGACCCGUAUGAGAAUAUGGAUGCCAAAAUCAACUGGGCUUUAGAGCAGGCCUUCAAUUUGAAGCUUGAUUUCAGUGAGACUGGGGAUGAUUUUGUUGUUUUUCGAAGACUGAUGCCGGAAUGAUGCUCAGGUAUGUACUAGAGAAACUCAAAGAGGGUUACAUUGAAGGAUUUAUAAAAAAUGGUUGCAUGUAAAACCCUCCUUUGAUGCUCUUAGAUAUUCUGGUGUUGGCUUCUCCAGUUCCGAAAUCUGUUAUUGGAUAUUCAUGUGGAGUUUAGAGAGAAGUACAAGAAGGAACAUCCCAGCAACAAAUCGGGGAGAGCUCCCUACCCGGCCAAGGCAGAGAAGAGAGGUUGAAUAGAACAACAUGGAAGUUUAUAACAAGAAACGAGUGUUUCUGUUUUAAUUGUUAAUCUCUGGGAAAUAUUGGUAUGAUCACUGAACACUGUACAGUGGAAUCUGUUAAAGGGUUGAAAGUUGUGUCACUCUGUUGUGACUAUUUCAGUCACCAACAACAAAAGGCUACCUCCAAACUGACCCUCUCCUUACAACACAGCAAGAGUAGUAGAGGAAAUGAACUGCUUGAAGAUGGUUGUAGGUCAUGUGCUAUCUCUCACUAUUCUUGCAUUUUUUUGCAGUUUUUGUGCCCGUGAGGCAUAAGCUCCUCCACUGGUUGCUGCUUCGGAUUGUGAGAGAAUAAUUACCGUGCUUCGGGUGGUUUUGGGUUUAUAGUUAUCUCUCAAGGAAUGAGCUUUUCCUUUGUAAAGGUCUGAUUCUCAAUUUCUAACAAUGCAAGUAAUUUGAAUAUGUGUGUAUUUUUGAAUGAACCCUACAUUACAUGCAAGCAAUCUUCAUUGCUAUUUCAGUAGAAUGAAGUCAUAAUUAUUAAAUUAUAUCUUAACAAAAGCAAAUUCCGCGGCAAAGCGCGGCCAACUUUUCUAGUUAAUAUAAGUCAUGUAUGUCUCUUGGACAAUUAAAAAAGACAUUAUUAAUUGCUCCUGUUUUAAAAACCCCAAUUUUGAAGGGGAAGAAAUCUGCUGUUCCUAAUACCCUGUGCCAAACCUGUCCCCAUGCAUUCAUUGGUCCAUAAAGAUUAAGAAAAUAUUUUCUUAAUCUUUUGUUCCAUAUUUUAUUCUUUGUGGACCAAUGAAUGCAUGGGGACUGGUUUGGCACAGUAUUUUUGGGGACAGCAGAUUUCAUCCCAUUUUGAAGCGUCCAGAGUCCAGAGGGACGGGUGGAGCAAAUCAUGGUUAAAACUUAAUUAUAAGCAUCGCAAUUAUCUGUGUCGUUGAUGACGUUGAGCAGCCCCCUUGCGCUUGAGCCAAUUAAUAUAUUAUGUCAUCUAUACCCUAUAUAAGGAUCGUUUUGUACAACACAAAAAAGUUAAUCAGAAUAGAUGGAGUGUAGUAGUUGGCCAGUUGAAAGCGUGUGUUUGUCGAAUAGGCAGAGGGUACUGAAGGAAGAGCUGGUUCUAGGGCAUCAACUUGCGAAUCAACUUGGCAGGGUUGUUUCUAAUGGGGAUUUUAGAUCGGCCGAAGGUCUUGUUACGAAGAUUCUGAGCUCGUUCAGUAAUAGCCUUUCCAUCUUAAAUGGAAAUCAUGAGUCUGAGGAGGAGGAGGAGGAGCUUAAUAUUUCUCCUAUUCGAGCCAAUAAUAUUACUAUUGCUCCUCCUCCUUCUAUUCUAGAAUUGUCAUCUUGGGAUGCUCAUAAUGCUGUUGAGAGUGCUGCGUCCAUGGAUCUCAGAGGUUCUUUCAAGAGAAGAAAGAAGAUGACUUCACACGCAUGGUCCAGAGACAGUCCAGAUUUCAAUGACGACGGUCAUGCAUGGAGAAAGUACGGACAGAAACAGAUCCAGAAUGCUAUCCACCCAAGGAGCUACUUUAGGUGCAGUCAUAAGUACGAUCAAGGCUGCACAGCAACCAAGCAGGUGCAAAAACUCGACCAUUAUCCACAGCUAUUUCGGACUACAUAUUAUGGAAAUCACACAUGCACUAAAAGCUUCCUCAAAGCUCCUGAUUUUUUCUUGGAUACUACAAAUGCUACUCCUACAGAAGUGUCUAAUUCCAAGUUUAUGAUCAUAUAUAACUCAAACAACAGCCUCACAAAAAUUAAACAAGAACAGCCUUUGUUCUCAUCAACCAAGAACGAGCUCAUCAAGUCUAACCAUACGACUGGCAACAAGUUAUCAUCUAGUGAUUAUCUUGUGUCAUCUGGUACGGGGAUGGUCGGGCCCUCUGAACCCAUCAGCGGGCUGCCAUCACAGAUUGAGCUUGAUCGUAAAGGUAUGAUUGAUCUUGGGCAGAGAUGGGACGCUUAUUAUUUGAUGAAGAAAUUUUGCCUUAUGAACUUUGGUGAUGAAUGCAAGCGUACUUGGCUUUUGUAAUUUGUGUGUAGGAGUCGAAAAUUGGAAUCUUUCAGUUUUCUGGAGAGAAAAUAAAUCCAUAGACGCCAUGUUUAAUUAAGCAAUAAUUAAGCAACUUCCAGCCUGGAAGUUUGAGUAUGA